CGUCCAAUCAAAACCAAAAAAACACACAUAAACACGCACUUAUCUGCAUCACCAUCAACCGUGUAAGUUUUUUAGUCAAAGUUCGUAAUUUCCUCUUUUGUCCGGAUAAUCUCUUAACAUAUUAUAUAUAUUUGUUUGAUUCUGUGUAUAUAUAAAAAUCAUUUCAUAUCUGAUAAUAACCACUGUUGAUUCAAUCUUUUUCCGAGUUCAACAGAUUUAGGGUUACUUAUAGAUCUAAUAAGUAAAUUACCAGAUUUCGAUUGUAUUUUUCAAGAAAACCGUUUUUCAUUUCAAAAGAUACAUACAAUAGAUUAACAAUUCCUUCAAUAGUGGAAAUGGGUAGCUGCAGUUGUAUUGGACUAUCCUCAUCGAAACCAUUUUGCCGUAGGAUCUUAAUUACAUAUAAAAGAUCUUCGCUUUUUGGUUUUCAAAUCCCUAUUUCUAAUCACUCAGCUGUGAUUAAUUUGCCGAAAUCUCGAUUUAAGUUACUUGGUUCAAGGGGAAGUCAUACUUGUAAGAGUAAAGUUCUAGGGUUUAGAGAAGGUGCGAUUGAUCCAAACUUAGGUUUUAGAGACGUAAGCGAUUCAAAUCAGAAGGGUUUUUGUGGUUCUGCUUUGAAUUGGGGAAGACAGCCUAGGGUUUUAUUGAAUGGUUGUCCAGUUGGAGGAAUCGAUAGGAGAUUCAGCAGGCUUGUAUCUAAAGUAGCCUCGGAUUAUAGAAAUCAUUCAACCUCAAUUGAAUCCCAGGUUAAUGACACAAGCUGGGAAAGGAUUUACAUUAAAGGGAGAUUGAAUGUGAAGCCUCUAGUGAUUGAGGAGGUGGAAAGAAAAGAUGAAAAUGAAGAGAAAGUGUUGGAUUAUAAUCAUUCAAGUGUAAAUAAAGAAUCUCUUGAUACUGUUUUAGGGGAUGAGAGAAAGGAAUCUGAGAUUGAGAAAGAAGCAUGGAAGUUGCUUAGAGGAUCAAUUGUGAAUUACUGUGGAACUCCAAUUGGAACUGUUGCUGCAACUGAUCCAGCUGAUAAACUGCCAUUGAACUAUGAUCAAGUUUUCAUUCGUGAUUUUGUUCCUUCUGCUCUUGCAUUCUUGCUCAAUGGAGAAGGAGAGAUUGUCAAGAACUUUCUGCUCCAUACUCUCCAAUUGCAGAGUUGGGAAAAGACAGUUGACUGCCAUAGCCCUGGUCAAGGGUUGAUGCCAGCAAGUUUUAAAGUUAGAAGUGUGGCUCUUGAUGGAAAAUCUGGUGAAUUUGAGGAUGUUUUGGAUCCUGAUUUUGGUGAAUCAGCAAUAGGUCGUGUUGCACCUGUUGAUUCUGGUUUGUGGUGGAUUAUUUUAUUGAGAGCUUAUGGAAAGAUCACAGAUAGAAGAAUGGGCAUUCAUGGUCAUCCUCUUGAAAUUCAAGCACUAUUCUACUCAGCACUACGCUGCUCAAGGGAAAUGGUGAAAGUCAACGAGUCAACGGAAGGUCUAGCAGCAGCCAUCAACAACCGAUUAAGUGCACUCUCGUUCCACAUACGUGAAUAUUAUUGGGUUGAUAUGAAAAAGAUAAAUGAAAUUUAUCGUUAUAAAACGGAGGAAUAUUCCACGGAUGCAAUUAAUAAAUUCAAUAUUUAUCCUGAACAAAUUCCGUCUUGGUUGGUGGAUUGGAUACCUGAGUCCGGGGGGUAUCUUAUUGGGAACUUGCAGCCGGCACAUAUGGACUUUAGAUUCUUCACACUUGGGAAUUUGUGGGCCAUAGUUUCCUCUUUGGGUACCCCGAAACAAAAUGAUGGGAUUUUGAAUUUGAUUGAAGAGAAAUGGGAUGAUCUUGUUGCAAAUAUGCCUCUCAAGAUUUGUUACCCUGCUCUUGAUUAUGAUGAAUGGCGGAUAAUUACUGGAAGUGAUCCUAAGAACACUCCUUGGUCAUACCACAACGGCGGAUCAUGGCCUACUCUUCUUUGGCAGUUCACGCUUGCAUGCAUCAAGAUGAAGAGGCCAGAACUUGCAAGAAAAGCAAUUGCUUUAGCUGAAAAGCGGCUUUCAUUGGAUCAAUGGCCAGAAUAUUAUGACACAAGAUAUGGAAGAUUUAUUGGGAAACAAUCUCGGUUGUAUCAAACAUGGACAAUUGCUGGAUUCUUGACAUCAAAGAAGCUAUUGGAGAAUAGUGAAAUGGCUUCAAAGUUGUUUUGGGAAGAAGAUUAUCAACUUCUUGAGAAUUGUGUUUGUGGGCUUGGAAAACAUGGGAGAAAGAAAUGCUCAAGAUCUGCAGCUAGAUCCCAUUUUGUGCUUUAGAAAUUGGAAAUGAGAUCUUAUUUCGUUUGUAUUUUCUUCAUGACAUGAGUAUGACAAAAUAAAGAAACACUUAUUGGGAGCUUUGUGAUUCUUAGUCAUGAAACCAAACAUUGUAACUUAUGAAAGUUCGCUUGUUGGUGAUUUGUGAUUGUUGGUCUUUUAGUAUAUUUUAUUUUAGUCACUAAAGAGAUGAAAAGUGAAAUGGC